AUGUCUGCGGUCCAUCCUUCAUCUUCGACGAGCACAGGUCAAGUAGCGGUGGGGAACGCUCUGAGCACUGGAACCGGGACCGGCUCAACAAGGUCAAAGCUGGCAUGUGCCGCAUGCAGAUUCAACAAGGUCAGAUGUCUACGGAAUGAAGGAUUGGAUCAUGCCUGUAUGCGAUGUCUGCGAUAUGGAUUAGCGUGUACACCACCAGCUGUCAACAAGCCUCGUGGAAGACCACCAAGAAAGAGUAGUAGUAACGGAGUCAAUAACACCACUCCACCCAUGUCAUUACCUCCCGGAUCCUCUUCAUCCUCCAUCCGCCCUAUUCGGCUACCCAAUGCUCUAGAUAUGAACCUGAAUCAGCCUGUUUCAAGCUAUACCAACAUACAACCUUCGGUUUCUUCGUACUCCUCGUCUCAUCAACAGAACCUCAAUCAGCACCAGCACCCGUCUCUCAGUCCAGAUCAUCGUCGGCUCAGUACCAAUGUAUACCCAGCUGUACAGCCUUCACCACGAUCAUCAGAAGCAGAAGCGAGCGCUACCAAUCGCAAUCUUGAUAUCUCGGAGUAUCUGGAUCCCGCAGAUCGUCCCAUACAGCUUCACGGGCCUAGCUCGCCGUUCUUCCUGAAUUAUACAUCGAAGCAUACGAAAGUAGAGGACGAUGAUAGUCCACAUGGAGAAGCGAGAGAUGAUCCAGCAAGGGCGUUGGUACAGCUAUUUCACGAUCGGCUGAAUCAUCUGGUAGCCGUACUGGAUGCCAAAUUACACACCCUUUCCUACCUCCGAUCAACAUCUACAAUCCUCUUCAGCGCCGUCGUAGCAGCCGCCAGUAAAUUCGCUCGACCCGACCUGCACGCCACCCUCUUAUCGCAUACUCAGACGCUGCUCAGCAGAGCGAUCAACAAUGGAACGGCCGAUGUCGGGGUGGCGCAGACGAUUAUGAUAUUGAUGUAUUGGAAAUUACCGGCUGAUACGUCUUCGUGGAGGAAGAUUGGGAUAGCUAUAAGGAUGGGGUAUCAGCUUUAUUGGCAUAUACCCAGGACACAGCCUUUGCCAGAGGAUGAGAUGAUUGCGAGGAAGAUUCUGAACUCGGAGAGGACUUGGAUGUAUCAGGAUAAGCAAUUGACUUUUAAUCGGCGAGAAGGUUUUGACCGAUCGCUGAGUCAAACAUAUGGUCUUCCAUUCGCAAUACAGCCCAACCAUGUGAUGGAUGCAGGUAACUGGGCUAGAGAGCAUGUCUACCUAGGUCCUUCGGUUGAUCUACAUCUCGCUUCGUCAAUCGAAUUGUGCAGACUGAAAGAUCAGUGGCGCGCGAUCUGCGAUUCCACCUUCCAGUCUCUGGCAUAUAACGAUGCGGCUUUGGAAAGCGUACAUGCGCAAUGUGAGGCUCUGUUGAGCAGAUACUGGAGGAAGGAGGCUCCUCCGGCUGGAUUUGAAUACGAGAAAGAACAUGUCGGUCUAUGGGCUACCCUCGAUUUCAUGCUUACUCUCAAGAGACAUUAUCUUGAAGCUUCACCCAGCGAUCCCAUCAGGAUUGACGCCUGUCUGUCUUACGCUUCCAGAAUUACUGAUGAAAUAGAUGCCGUGGCGGACAAUGGUGAUCUGGAAAUUAUGCAGGAUACUAGCUCGGUCAUGGCAUCGUCCCUUACCAUGCUAUUGCGAAAGAUAUUCCAUCUGUCCAGCAUAACUCAGAAACUACUCAUCAUCACUCUUCUCCAACGUAUUCUCACAGCAUAUACCAGAGCAUCCGGAACAGAGGUCAACACUGCUCCAGCCUAUGUGGCAAGAUUCGUCCAAAGAACGCUAAGAGCCAUAGGGAUGGAAUCGAAAGCUGGGUCUCCGAUGAGAGAUCAAGUAGGAACCAGUAGUGGAAAUGCAGGAGAAACGUUGUUAGGUGAAGGUGAUCAACCGGAUUUCAUGGCUCAGCUGCAACAAUUCAUGGGAGUGCCGGAUGAGAUUGCUGGAAUGAAUGAUGAUGAUUACUGGUAA